AUGGACGCGGCCGCACCCAUGGACGCGGACGAGGCCCCCGUGCUGCUGUCCAAGAGCAGCUUCGCGGGCGCGGCCACGCUGAAGGGGGCGCUGAAGGAGGGCGUGCAGCUCCUGGAUCGCCUGGCUGAGCCUGUUCAACGCCAUCCCCUUCUUCUGCGUCUCGCACUCCGUCCGGCAGCUGCUGACCGCGCUG